UCUCCCAUUUCUCUCUCUCUCUCUCUCUCUCUCUCUCUCUCUCUCUUCUCACCCAGUUUCCCUCCGUGCAUGUUCUUCUAGUGAGAGAGGAGGGAGUGGUGGCUCGAGGUUGAAGAGAGCAGCGGCUGCCCAGCCCUGCCCUCCAAUGUGCUGCUACGUGGGCAAGGCGACCAAGAUCUUCGUGUGCCUCGUCGCCGCGCUCCUCGUCGCGGGCCUCGUCCUCGGCAUCGGCCUGGCCCGCCACACGUGGGGAGCCAACAGGGCCCAGCCAGACUGCCGCUGGCCCGACUGCCAGCAGCAACAGCAGGGGCCCGCGUACGGCGGCGACCCGCUCCUCCCGGCCACCGCCACCACGCCGCCGGCCAACCCGCUCACGCAGCCCGCCGUGGCUGCCUUCCCCGGUGUCGCUUCGUCGUCGUCCUCCUCCGCCGCCUCACCCGCCGCGCCCCCGCCCACGGGCGUGCCCUACUUUGGGCCGCCUGGGCCGCUCGUCGUGGGCCUCGGCCCGUCUGCUCACGCAUGAGGGGCUGAGGCAAAGCGAAUCCGAUUUUGACUUUUUUUUCUUUGGUAUUAUUAUUACUUUCCUGGAUUUAGCGUUUGAAUGCGAUUUAUUUCCUUUUUUUUGUACUCCUAUUUCUAUACUUAUUUUGGACUUGUUUCGCUGUACAAUUGCCAAAAUUACUCCGAACUUGUACCCAUUGCUUCCUCGGAUACAGCUAAAUUAAAUUAAAUUCA